AAUUGUAGAAUUGUAGAAUGUUCAGGUCGUCAUGGCGAUCAGUGUAUUAAUAUACUGCAGGGUCUGUCAUAAGGACUGCUGAAGAUUUGCUCAUUUCUACUUUGGAAACUUCAUGUUACACAUUUCCAGAUUGAGAGAGAGAACAGCCCGUAGCAGCACAAACCAAAUGGUGGAUGGGAUAGCAGAGAAAACAUAUUGGAUAUCGCUUCCUGUAACUAACUGGCGUUGGAUUUUGGAAAAGAAAUUGCUAAGAUGCAGAAGGAGGAGCUGAUGAGAUUUAUCCGGGACAAAUGUCAGGAGUGUUUUAUGCACCUGGAUCAACCUGAGCAACAGAAAUCCUAUUUCUUCUGGUCCAUUAUGGAGUAUGUCUGUAAUAGAAAUGGACGAGUAAUAAUGUCCGAAAUCUCCUCGCUCCUCUUCAAGGGCUACGGCCUUCUGAGGAGAAAACUGGGACGUGUGGAGAAACAGGAGGACUGGUGUAUUCCUCUGGCAGUGCUUUUAUGCUCCGCAGCUCCAAAAGAUGAACUCAGAGAAGCCAUUAUUGAAAUGGGAGACAUGUUCGCGUCUAGAAAAUGGAGCUAUGCGGCACAUAUCUGCUACGUGUUGGCGCAAUUGGAGCUGGGAUCACACCCACGAUUUACUCUGAUUGGAUGUGACAGAAUGCCAGACAGUAAAUCAGCCCUGAGGGAGGCGAUAGAGAGAACUGAGGUCUAUGAGUACGUGCUGUCUCUGACCACAGGGUUCGGCCAGCCACACUUCCAGGAUUUCAAGUACGUUCACGCCUGCUACCUAACCGAGGCUGGACUUUGUGCUCAGGUGCUUGAUUAUUGCGAAAGAGUUGCUACAACGGUCCUCAGCUUCCCUCACUGCAUCCAAGGCAGUGUGAUGGAAUUGGUUAUAUGGCUCUCUGAGCGUUUGCUUCAAGAUGAAUGGAAGAAGGAAGCAGAAGAACCCAAGUGGCUGAAAGAAUUUCAACAGAUGCUGGAAGAUAGAGCAGCCCUUUCUAGCUCUUCUGAUGACCAGGAGCAGUGCAGCUCUGAGUCUGAGGAACCAGUUAACCUGCAGUUUCACCCUUCAGAUCAUGAUGAGUUUGACUCACGGUACACUAUGCGAGAGAUGCUGGGGACUGGAGGCUUCAGCUAUGUCUACGCUGGAGUCCACAAGACAGAUGGGAAACCAUUUUUCCCGUGUGCUUGUAGGCGUUCUUCUUCUUCACCACUUGUGGACCGACUAACACUUGCGCGUAUUUGCUGCCCCCUUCAGUUCCGGAAGAAUUGCAACCUCGCUACCGUCAUUAAAGUCGCUACCCAUGCUACUGCAGAAAAACAAGUACCAUCACGUUUUAAGAAGGUUGCCAUUAAAUGUAUGGAGAGAGAUCCCUAUGAUGAAUUCAUCACCAUCCCUGGAGAUACACGCAGGCUCCCUCUGGAGGUGGCAUUGAUGGAGAUGGUGUCCAAGCCUCCUGGCUGUGAGAAUGUGGUGAAGCUACUGGAAUGGUUCAAGAUGUCCACCUUCUACAUCUUGGUGCUGGAGCGACCCGUCCCCUGCACAGACCUUUAUCACUACUGUAAACGUAACCGUCAAUUGCCUGAACCAGUGGCUCGAAAGCUCAUGUGGCAAGUGGUUCAGGCUGCUCAUCACUGCUGUACCCAUGGAGUUUUUCACAGUGACAUCAAGCCUCAGAAUAUUUUGAUCAAAACGGACACACUGGAGGUGAAGUUGAUCGACUUUGGCUGUGGCAACCUGCUGACAAACGAGCCCUACAAGAGCUUUUCAGGCACUCCGAUUUACUCGCCUCCUGAGUGUAUUCUCAACAGAGACUAUUUUGGAGUUCCUGCUACUGUCUGGUCUCUGGGUGUGGUCCUGUUUUUCUUGGUCAAUGGAAAGGACCCCUUUAAUAGUGAUAAAGAGGUUGUUAAGGGGAAUCUGCGGGUCCAUCCUGAUCUGUCUGUCGGGUGUUGCGAACUGAUCAGGUGGUGCCUGGAAAAAGACCCGAAUCAUCGGCCAACUCUCACACAAAUCCAAAACCACAGGUGGUUUAAGGAGGGACUUCAGGACAUGGUCCAGGGGUCCACUCACUGGUCCAACGACGGUAUCCAAUGACGUGGUAGAAGGAUUCCCAUGUGUUCCUGUCCUUUUGAAGCGAUGCGAAUAUAUUUAAAUUCUGCUUGACUCUCUCUUAAAUUAAAUCUGACUCCUGAAACCUC